GAUGGAAAUGGUCUAUUCCUCACAGUCGGCCAUCAUCACUACGGAGACUCUCUCUCUCUCUCUCUCUCAUCGAAUCGUCUCACCGCUAGAACUCCCGCUCCCAUACGCCAAAUCGUAUCGUCUCUCUCUCUCUCCUCCUACUACGGUUGAUGGCAAGUAGUAAGUCGACCAACAACAAGUACGCCUCCCUCAACUUCAACGACAUCCACCAGAAGAAACACCACCCUUCCUCCUCCUCCUCCGCCUCACCCCUCACCACUCCCACCACCAAGAAAAUCCUCUCCAACUCUCGUAUCCAUGGCAACAUGCUCGUCCUGACCCGGCCCGCUCCCAAACCCGUCCCCCAACCCUCCCCUCCUUCCACGCCACCGCAACCACAGCUACAGCAAUCACCGACGACUCCCGAUCCGAUAUCUCUCCGCCCGCUGGGCCGAACCGGAUCGGGUCCGACCCUGAUUCCCUCCCCUCUGACUCUGCCGAAGCCGGACAGGGAGUACUCGCCGUCUCCUUCUCCGUCGCCCAAGUCGGGGCGGUUCGUCCCGCCCCAUCUCCGGCCGGGGUUCGCGGGCCGGGAGGAGAAGCCCGGUCCGCAGCAGGGAGCCCGAUCCAGGGAGAAUCCGGUGGAGAUGAAUCGGCCUGGUUCGAGUGGGACUCGGCCGAGUUCCAGUGGACGAUGAUUUCUUCCGAGGUAGAGCUUCUUCCUUGGACAACUACUUCUUUUUGAAGCAAGUGCUUUCUCAGAAUGGACAGCUACAUCUUCCAGUCCUCGACUGCCAUUAGUUUGAAAUAGUUUCACAAUUUUUCAACUCAUGCAAAUCAGAAUCUGACCGACGCUGCUGAGACAUUUGUUCAAGUGUUGUUUUUGAAGAGGAGGCUUGUGGAUUAAAGCCUUUCAUAUAGUUUGUUGCUGGGGUGUUUAUCAGUCACAAAGAAGGUGCCAAUGGGAUGUAUCAUGGACUCUCAUCUGAUUCUGUGCUGUUUACUUAGUGCAUCAUUUUGUAAAGGGAAUUAUUAUAUUCAGUUGUGGCCCCUUUUGUCUAUCUUCGCAAAGAAUUAUAUGUCGGUUAUUAACCUUUCAGUUUGUAAUGGGACGAACAAACUUUUAUGUGAGAUUAUAAUUUUCUCUUCUCCAGCAA